AUGACCGACCAAGUCGCUAAAGGGAAGACUAGCCUCGACCAGCCCAUGGCCGUGGAUGCAUCGCAAAACCCAGCAUUCGAAGAUGUUAAGAUCGCCGACGCCGAGAGAGAUGCCGCUCCUGCCUCUAUCAGUUCCGCCCACAAGCCCAAGCCGCGCUCUCUAUGGGUCGCCUGGCUUUACCUCUUCGAUUGGUAUCCGAGCCACUACUCAAAGCAGGAGCGCAAGCUGCUCUUCAAGCUGGACUGCGUCCUGCUGCCGCUUUGCUGUCUGGCAUACUUUAUCAAAUGGCUCGACCAAGUCAACAUCAAUAACGCCUACUCCUCGGGAAUGAAAGAGGACCUCAAUUUGUAUGGAAACGAGUACUCGCUCUUCGGCACCUUCUACAAUAUCGGCUACAUGCUCUUUGAGAUUCCCAGCAUGAUGAUAAUGUCGCGGCCCAAAUUUGCGCGCUAUUUCCUGCCGACCAUGGAAGUGUGCUGGUCCGUCCUCACAUUCGCACAAUCCCGGCUCCGCAAUCACCACGAUAUCUACGGUCUUCGGUUUCUUCUUGGUGUCCUUGAGACCCCCGUGUCCAGCGGUACCAUGUAUAUCCUUUCCUCCUGGUACAGGGGCGACGAGCUCUUCAAGCGCGCAGGUGUCUGGUUCGUCUCGAGCAAUCUCGGCUCCUUCGCAGGCGGGUAUCUACAAGCCGCAGCGCACGAGACGCUAGACGGUGUCCAUGGGAUGGCCGGGUGGCGGUGGCUAUUCAUUAUCGAUGGGUGCAUCAGCUUGCCAAUUGCCCUGGGAAGUUUCUUCUUCUUCCCUGGUCUGCCGCACGGGGAGAAAGUGUGGUGGUUGACGGACGCUGAUCAUAGGCUCUGUGUUCAGAGGAUGCGGAACGAGGGUGUGAGGGAAAGCCGGAAAAUUGGGAAACGCAUGCUCAGGAGAGUGUUUACCCAUUGGCACUUCUAUAUCGCAGUCUUUACGUACAUCUUCUUCCAAUGCACCUCCUACGUUGCCGGCCAGAUGAUCCUCUGGUUAAAAGACCAGGCAGAUCGAUAUGGUACCUGGACAGUGUCUCAGAUCAAUAUGAUUCCGACGGGCGUACAGGCUGUUUCUGUGUUUGCCGGUGUACUGGCGACAUCUCUGGUCAUGGUAUAUCCGCCCUGGGCUGUCAUGGGCGUUGUUGCCUCCGUCCUGCUCUUCUCGAAUGUCUGCCUUUUGGUCUGGGAUAUUCCGCUGGGACUGAAAUUUACUGCAUACUACCUUCUCGGCUUCACCUCGUGUGUCACGCCAAUCCUCUUCCCGUGGGUGAACAUGGUCAUGCGCGAUGACUCCGAAGCCAGAGCGUUUACGUCUGGGGCUAUGAUGACGUUUGGCUGGGUCUUCUUCAGCUUCUACCCGAUCACCGUGUUCCCUGUCGUAGAAGCACCUAAAUGGCGCAAGGGAUACGCGGUCAACACGAUCUUUGUUAUCUGCUGGUGCACGCUGUUUAUGGUUGGUCAGUGGCUGUGGAGACGAGAUGUCAAGGCCGGGAAGUACAGCGUUGGUGAGUACGCUAUCAAGGACAAAGAGGAAGAGAGCGAUGGGAAGGAUAUCGAUGCUAAAAGAGAAGUGCUGGAGCAUGUUGAGGUCUUGGAUGGGAAGGGCGCGAAGGCUUAG